AUGACUUCCGUUGGUUCUGAAUGGACCGCUUUGCGAGUCCGAGAAACCUUCUUGGAUUAUUUCAAGCAAAAUGGUCAUACCUUUGUACCUUCGUCCCCCGUCGCUCCUCUGUCGGAUCCGACUCUCCUGUUCACCAAUGCUGGUAUGAACCAGUUCAAGUCCAUCUUCCUGGGAACUGUUGACCCGUCGUCGGACUUUGGAAAGCUGAAGCGCGCCACCAACUCGCAAAAGUGUCUUCGUGCCGGUGGUAAACAUAAUGAUCUGGAUGAUGUGGGCAAGGACAGCUACCAUCAUACCUUCUUCGAAAUGCUCGGCAACUGGAGUUUCGGCGACUACUUCAAGAAAGAAGCAAUCACAUACUCCUGGACUCUUCUCACCAAGGUCUACGGACUGGACCCCGAUCGUCUCUAUGUCACUUACUUUGAGGGCAAUGAAGCGGGUGGAUUGGAACCCGAUCUUGAGGCCAAAGAUUUGUGGAAAUCCGUUGGUGUUCCCGAAUCCCACAUUCUUCCAGGCGAUAUGAAAGACAACUUCUGGGAAAUGGGUGAUCAAGGCCCUUGUGGGCCUUGCAGCGAAGUCCAUUACGAUCGGAUCGGCGGACGUAACGCUGCCCACCUUGUCAACGAAGACGACCCGAAUGUGCUCGAGAUCUGGAACAACGUGUUUAUCCAGUACAACCGCGAGGCUGACAGUUCCCUGCGAUCUCUUCCCAACAAACACGUUGACACUGGAAUGGGAUUCGAAAGACUGGUGUCGAUUCUCCAGGACAAAUCUUCCAACUAUGAUACAGAUGUUUUCACUCCCAUCUUCCAGGCCAUUCAAACUGUCACCGGAGCCCGCGAAUACCGCGGCAACUUUGGCGCUGACGACGCUGACGGUAUUGACACUGCCUACCGUGUUGUUGCUGACCACGUGCGAACCUUGAUGUUUGCCAUCUCGGAUGGUGUUAUCCCCAACAACGAGGGUCGUGGCUAUGUCAUUCGUCGUGUACUGCGUCGCGGAGCUCGUUAUGCCCGCAAGUACUUCCAGGUUGACAUUGGGAACUUCUUUGCCAAGCUGGUUCCGACCGUUGUGGAUCAGUUGGGUGAUAUGUUCCCUGAACUCAAGCGUAAGCAACAGGAUGUCAUUGAAAUUCUGGACGAAGAAGAGUUGUCAUUUGCCAAAACCUUGGACCGGGGUGAGCGUCAAUUUGAACAAUAUGCCCAGCAGGCCAAGGUCAAGGGCACCGACAAACUCCAUGGUGCCGAUGUUUGGCGACUGUAUGAUACCUUCGGAUUCCCUGUUGACCUGACUCGGAUCAUGGCCGAGGAGCGUAGCCUUUGUAUCGAUGAUGUCGAGUUUGAACAAGCCCGCUUGAAGGCCAAGGAGGCUAGCAAGGGCCAAAAGAAGGCGGCCGAAACCACCGUCAAGCUCGAUGUCCACGAUCUAGGAAAGCUGGAUAAGAUGAAUGACGUCUCAAAGACUGAUGACUCUGCCAAAUUUGGCCGAGGCAAUAUUACUGCUCAUGUCAAGGCCAUCUACCAUGCCAAAGGUUUCUUUGACAACACUGACAGUGUCCCGGAGGGCGCGCAGCUUGGUGUUAUUCUCGAUUGCACAAAUUUCUACGCCGAGCAGGGCGGCCAGGAAAAUGACACUGGUAAAAUCAUCAUUGAUGGACAAGCGGAGCUUGAGGUUGGUGAUGUGCAGUCCUAUGCCGGAUAUGUUCUCCACACUGGCUUUAUGAAAUACGGAUCAUUCGCCGUUGGCGAUUCUGUUAUUUGCGAAUACGAUGAGCUCAGACGCUGGCCCAUCCGAAACAACCACACCGGCACCCAUAUUCUGAACUUUGCUUUGAAGGAGAUUCUAGGCGACGGCGUGGACCAGAAGGGCUCCCUUGUGGCCGCUGAAAAGCUUCGCUUCGACUUCUCUCACAAGAGCGCAAUUUCCGACGUCGAGCUUGAGAAAAUUGAGGCAAAGGCGACUGAAUACAUUCGACAGAAUUGCUCUGUCUACUCCAAAGAAGUCCCUCUCGCCACUGCCCAGGAAAUCUCCGGUGUCAGAGCCGUGUUCGGCGAGACCUACCCCGAUCCUGUUCGUGUUGUCUCUGUUGGUGUGGAAUUGGAAGAAAUUCUACAGAACGUCAAGGAUCCUCGCUGGCAGGAAGUCAGCAUUGAAUUCUGUGGUGGAACCCAUGUUCAGAAAACGGGUGAUAUCAAGGAUUUGAUCAUUCUGGAAGAAAGCGGUAUCGCCAAGGGCAUUCGCCGAAUUAUUGCCGUCACUGGAGAAGAGGCCCAUGAGGUGCAGCGAGUUGCCCAGGACUUUGGAAAGCGCCUUGAACGGUUGAACGCAUUGCCACUGGGUGCCGAGAAGGAGCGGGAGGCCAAGCAGGUUCAGGUCGACCUCAACCAACUUACAAUUUCCGCCGUGGAGAAGGCCAAGUUCAGAGAGCGCUUUGCCAAGAUCAAUAAGCAGGUUCUUGAUGGCCAAAAGGCCCAACAAAAGCUGGAGUCUAAGAAGGCAGUUGACACCAUCACUUCCUACUUUGAAGCCCCAGAAAACAAAGACAAGUCGUGGCUCGUCGUCCAGCUUCCAAUUUCGGCCAACGCAAAGGCUGUGAGCGAGUCUCUCAACCAUGUCAAGUCGAAACUGCAAGGGAAGAGUGUUUAUCUUUUGGCGGCAGACUCUGAGCAAGGUCGGGUCUCGCACGGCUGUUAUAUUUCCCAGGAACUGAGCACCCAAGGUGCUUCGGCAAGCGACUGGGCGGCCGUUGUCUCUGGUGCCGUGGGAGGAAAGGCUGGUGGAAAGGGUCCUACUUCUAUUGGAAACGGUACAAACUCUGACAAGGUUGAGGAAGCUAUUUCACUGGCUUCGGAUUAUCUGAGCAAGUUCAAGCUCUAG